CUUCUUUUAUAUUGCCGUUGGCCCUGAGAACGUACUCAUGACCUAGUUAACCCUCGUUGACUUUAAAAACCAUCCGCUGGAGUCAAAAGCGUCAUAUUUUCUCCCUUAACGUUUGGAUUUGGACAACGCGCAUUUUAAUCAGCAAGGGAAGACGUCCUGUUGGUUGAACAAUUCAAUUAUAGGCAGCCGAAGUUUUACUUUAAACAAACUUUCACCAUGAACAUGGAGAUAUCGAAAGCAUUAUCAUUAUUGACUUAUUUUCUAUUGGUACACUACUCAAAUGGAAACCAACAACGGUUGUACAAAAUUCUUGACUUUACCCAGAGGUGUCAUAUCCUCUCCAAACUAUGGGAAAACCUACCCGGGAAAUCUCGCAUGCAAAUGGACUAUAAAUGCCACGAUCGACAAAAGAAUAAAAUUGGCAUUCGACGACUUUGUUGUGGAGAAGAGCAGAAACUGUCGAUCAGAUUACUUAUUGUUAUACGAUGGUAUCGACAAGAACUCGCGGCUAGUAGGACGGUACUGUUCUGCAAAACCCGUGCCGUUCAUUUCAUCAUCAAAUUCUAUUCACUUGGAGUUUUACUCAGACGUGUCUCUUGGAUACCGUGGUUUUAUGGCACGUUACAUUACCAUAGAACCACCAACAGAAGAACCUACAACGUGGAAAAGCCGUCCAAAAUUCAAAGAUGUCGUUUUGAACGUGACAUGCAUCGCGGGCGAUAGAGUGAAAUUGCGUUGUGAGGUGGAUGGCACGCCUGAACCGACAAUCACGUGGGCUAAAAACACCAAGAGAAUCGUGCAAGAUAGUGAAACUAUAAUUCGAAAUGGCUCCUAUAUGUCCGAGUUGAUAUUGAAAAAGACCAAGAAAAGUGAUCAAGGAACAUACAGCUGCAUAGUUUCAAAUGGUUUUGGGCCAUCCAUUGAAGCAAGCGGAGUGGUUCUGGUUGAGAAAAGAAAGUUACCUCUCAUCACGUACACGACAAACAAUCAGACGAUUUCAAUUGGCGAUGAACUCGAGUUAUUUUGCAAAGCCAAUGGAGAGACACCAUUGAAUAUGUCGUUUUUGCAAAAUCACAUACCGCUCAAAACAAGAACUUGUGCUCCAAAUGGCGAAUGUCAAUUACAGCUUACUAAAAUGUUUGUGGAAGAUACGAUGAUUACUUGCAAAUCCUGGAAUUACAAGGGACAAAUGACGAGGAAUAUUAUUAUCAAAGUUAGAGGGCCUCCAAUAAUAAUAAACGCCCCGACCAAUCAGACCGUAAGGCAAGGUGAUGCUGUCAAUCUGACGUGCGAAGCUGCAGGGAAAAAUGUAAAAAUAAGUUGGCUCAAAGACAACGAGACAAUAUCGGAAAGUUUUGUCACAAGAGAGGGUCGCUCCAUCUUGUCAGUAAAACUGUCUGUAAUACACAACUCAACACUAACGUGUUUGGUGGAAGGAAAAGACGGAGAUGCAUCACAAAACAUCCAAGUUUCAAUUGUGAAAGAAACGAAGGGACCAAUCAGAAGACCAAUCAAAAGAAAGGCGCUAAGGUUUUCAAACAUAGCUAUUCCUAGGAGUCGAACAAUUCCUUAUGGAUCCACCUUGGAGGUUCUUUGUUAUGCAAUAGGGUAUCCAUUUCCGAACAUCAGUUGGAUAUUGAAUGAUACAAAAAUUGACUCCGAAAGAAGUUUGUUCGCUAAUGGUACUUCCAAAUUUAAAAUUUCUUCACUGAAUAAAACUGUGGUGGUUACUUGCGUAGCACGUAAUGUUCAUGAAUCAAUCCAGUCGACCGCAAUCUUUACAGUUGAAAUUGAAUCAGUAACCAGAGUGCCAAACAAAACAUUGGAAUCAACGAAUGAAAACAUGAAAGUGAUUUUGGGGGCAGGAGUUGGCGUUUUGGUGCUGACAGUACUUAUCGUUCUGUUCAUUUUCUACCGAAGAAAAUACAGAAAAAAGAAAGUAGAAAAAGAAAGCCAAGCAACAGGAGCAGCAGCGGGUCAUUCACAACGAGAAGAUCAAAGACUCAUUCCAAAUCCAGUAUUCACCGAAGAUAAAAAAGAACCGAUGGAUGAGACGCCCGGUGUUGAAAUGCUAGAUUAUCCUAGGGAUUCCAUUCAAUAUACUGAAAUUUUGGAAAAUGAUUCACAGAUUGAGAUGUUUCUUGGACGUGCCAAGGAUCUACCAUUUUCUCCUGGCGAAUUCAACGUUGUAGUACGAGAGUUGAAGGAUACCGAGCCAUCGGAUGAGAUAAAAGACGAUUUUGAUGUGGAAGCUUCAUUACUUGCGAACCUCGUUCAUCCUAAUGUCGUUCGUUUGAUGGCAGUAUGCAUAAAGACUCCGCCACUUUGCUUGGUAUUUGAACAUUCAAGUUGCGGUUACUUGGACGAAUAUUUACAAGAAUGUGAACAAAGAGACCUGACUUUUCCGAAAAAACCGCGUGCACAAAUGGAAUUUUUCACGGAGCUUACCAGCGUUGAUAGAUUAUUGAUAGCGAAACAAAUUGCUUCUGGUAUGAAGUAUCUCUCUGACAAAGGUUACGUACAUCAAGAAUUGCGGACGCGUAAUUGCCUUGUAUUCAAAGACCUACAAGUCAAGGUUGCAAACCUUGGUCUACGUUGGGCCACACCUGAUCAAAACUUUUUCAUCAUGAAGAACGAAGAGAAACGACGUUUCCCUGUGCGAUGGUUGCCUCCAGAGGUCGUACUAUAUGGCGAAUACAGUCCUUCCGCGGAUGUAUGGUCGUACGGUGUUCUUGUUUGGGAGAUAUUCUCGAAUGCUCAAUUACCGUACGCGGGUAUUGAUGACAAAGACGUCAUGAGCUACGUACGAGGCAAUAAUAUUUUGCCAAGACCAAAACUUAGUCCGCAUGAAGUUUACGAAGUAAUGAAGUCUUGCUGGGAAAUUACACCAUUGCAGAGACCUAAUUUUAAGUCCCUUCAUGACACAAUGACUGCACUGCAUGCAGGGAUACGUGUUUAACUGAUUUCUCGGUUACCGUAAUUUGUAUGAUACUGCUUGUACAGACCUUUUUUUAAGCCAUCAUGCUCUUUAUUAUUUCGUUUAAUGAUAGAAAUGAACUCGAGUGAGCAUUUUAUUAACACGUGUCAAACUUUAAUUUGAUCGUCGGUUCAUAAAACUUGAUCAAGAAAGUGGCACGUUCGGGUUAUUUUCUCCAAGCUCUGCAUUCAUAUUUUUGAUGAUAACUAUUGCUGAGAUGCCAAGAUACAUAUCUAUUACAGGAAGAUGAUUUAAGGCGACUUUUAAAGAAGGAAUACUCGUGAAAACCUCUAGCUCUUACAUGCUACUUACACGUCCAUAAUUGUGGACGGAAGGCCUUGAUUAAAUUUUCCCUUUUCUCGCUUUGGAGCAGUACAUUGAAAGAAAUCGAUUUGAUCAAGCAGAAAUACAUAAAUUCAAGAUAAGCUUCGUUGAAAAUAAGUUUUUUUGUUGUCUAAGCUGGCAAAAAUGGCGUUACUUGUGAGCGUAAUUUCACACUAGGUGAAGUACAACACGUGAAGUACAACAUGUCCUAUUGUGAUGUAGCGUGAAGAAAUUUUUAUUAAGAAAGUUUUUUGAUUUUAAAAUCAAAAAAUGGUGGAAUUUCUUUAAGGACUUGCAUCCUUGUGUAAAAAGAUUAAAUUUUGGAAAACUAUUUCUGCACAGUUCUUCUGAACUGUUUUCGAGACGACUUUAUUGGGUAACGAAUUCAGAGCUAAAUAAAACAACAGGAGCACUUUCUAUGUUCAACUAUACGGAUAACCAAAAGUUUGGAAACAUAAUGCUUAGCUGCAAACAUUAACAAUAUAGCUAUUUGAGUUAAAUCCAAUAACAUUGUGCAAUGGACCUUUCUCUUUCUCUCAGGUUUUAAGUUUCAUUUGUGUAAAUUGUAAAAUUGUCUAAGUAAUUGCUGCGCAUGGUUAUCGAUUACCCGCAAUUGUGGAAUUAAAGGCUGAACAACGGAUGUAAACAUAAGAAAAAUUAAUGUCACUUUUCUGCCAAGUAAAAAUAGACGCAAUAACCAAAGUAA